AUGAAUGUAAGAAUUUUUAAUAGAGUUAACCAUCAGAACAAAGAUAGUGGCGGAAUGUAUUCAGAGUGGAGUUCCCUGCCACUGGAAGGGGGUGGGCAGGGCGUGCUAGGAGCUGUGGGAGGUCGUGAUGUAGUACUGGCUAUUGUGAAGCAGUUGGCCUCACAUGAGCCCAGUCCACUCACUACUGAUGCUGAGGUAGAAUGGGUUCUAGAAGUUACCCGCUUCGGACUUUCACUACCCCUUCAAGAACACGAAGCAAUUCGCGACUGUGUCCGAGUAUGCUGCGCAUGGCUAGCGCCUCUGCUGCCGCCGACUCCGCCGGCAAUGCCACCACCACCAGCCAUCCCACCACCAGUGGUACAAGCGCCACACAAGUACGCCAGGAAGAUACUGAGACAUUUACAGAAUCUCUUUGUACCUAGGCCCAAUGAGAGUGGCGAUCUCAUCAGCAAGCAAGCAGUUCUUUGUCACCGUGUGCUUCGACUGGCUCGGGCCCUGGCAGACGGCGGGGCGCUAGGCGCAAGAGAGUGGAGGUCGUUGCUGCUGCUGUUGCUGGCUGCUGCAUCAGCAUUGCUGUCACCUCCUGCUCCUCACCACUCAGCGGCUGAGCAGCUUUGUGAGCGAGUGUUGUGUGUGCUGUUCGAAGUUUGGAUAUUGGCAUGCCACAGAUGCUUCCCGUCCCCGCCCCUGUGGCGUACAUUACGCGAGCAGUGCAUACGUUGGCGUCACCGUGCGCCUCUCACCGAGCAAUGGACGCGCGCCUCGCUCUGUCUGACCGCCAGAUUGUUGAAGCAUAUGUAUGGACCACUCUUUCCCGUCAUGCCUAUUAGUGAAGAAGAUGCGAACUUGAUCCCGGCUGACAUGAGUGCAGAAGCUGUGAUGCAGAGUUGGUACCGCAUACUGCAUACCAUCGGCAACCCGGUGGACCUGUGCCGUCCACAUGUCAUUAGUCAGACGCCGGACUUCUUACAGUAUUCAAUCACUCAAGAAGAAGGCACACGAGAUCCAAGCCAGCAUCCAUGUCUGCAAGCAUUACCAUCCAUCUUCCACAAAGCUAUGAAGGGCAUCGCCGCGCAUGUUGACGCCUUCCUCGGGCGCGGGUCAGAGCGGUGGUGGGUGCGUGCGGGGGCGGGCGCGGGCGCCGGUGACGUCACGGAGGACGGCGAGCUCACGCCGCCCGCGCACCGCCGCCUCGCCAAGUCCUUCAGCGUGUCCACGUCGCGCCCCCGCGACAAGCUGCCGGAGAGAAGUAAGGAUUUAAUUCUCCUUUUAUCAUUGGGUACUCCACGCACUUCACUGAUCGGACUCACGAGCAGUCGUCCUCCCAGCGUCGUACCGACUACACCUCCCAACUCUAUAUCAUCCCAAGUUGGUGAUACAGAAAAACCGCCGCUGACUCCGCUUCGUCCAAAGGUGAAUUCCAUACUGCACUUGUUCGGUGAAUGGCUGUUCGAGGCAGCACUUAUCGGAACCACGCCAGCUUAUAACAAUCAACAACGUACUGAGGGUACGCCACCACCUCCAUCGUUGACUGACGCCGCAUAUAAACUCAAUAUGUUAAGUUAUCAACCAGGUCGUGCAGAAGCGCUGGGCACCCUGUGCCGCGUGCUGUGCUCGAAGCAGUGCCGCGAGGAGGUGCUGGCGCCGUACCUGGCGCGCUGCUACGCGGCCAUCCACCGCGGCCUCCGGGACCCCGCCACCGCCGCCGCCGUCGUGCUCAACGCGCCCGACCUCUUCAGACUUGAUUUGGACGGGGUUUUAGUUCUGGUUCCAGACUUCAUAACAGCCCUAGAUCAGAUUCUAUCUGAAAGGGAACCUAAACUGGAAUGUGGCUCCAUAGACAAGAGAGAAUUACGAAAGGCGGCCAUUAGUGCUCUAUUGUCUUUGGUUGCUUUUCCUUAUCAUUACAAAGGAUUGCCAGUACCAGAGUUUCCGGGAUGUAAUGAAUACGCGGGCAUGACGCUGGGCGACUACACGCGCGGGCGGCUGUCGCUGAUCUGCGUGGCGGCGGUGCAGGUGGAGACGGCGGACGCGCUGGCCGUGCCGCUGCUGAGCGCGCUGUACCUGUGCGUGCGACACAACGCGCACGCGCCCGCCGCCAGGCCGCACAGCUCCACGCUCUCGCACAACACCGACUACAAAGCGCGCUCGGAGAGCGGCAGCGCGCCCGGCAGCGCGGAGGGACAAUCGCUCGACGACUUCGCCGCUGACGUUAAACAGCUAGACCCAUCCUCGCCUGUCUUCGGUGCAGCACUAGUGGUCCGUGCAACUUACCUGGUGUGCCAUCGUCUAAUAUCCUCCUGGAAAGGCGAUCUUCAAGUGUCCCUUGCAGCUUUGGAAUUGCUGUCUGGACUAGCCAAGCUGCAUUCGUCAAAGCCAGAGGCGAUCGAACGCAAGCGUGCUGUUCGGUGGAUUUGUGACUACAUAACAGUUCAGUGCAGCCGGCCUCCCCAGGCGCACUCCCGCGACUUGCACUCUUGUGUAGUGGCCGCCUACCAGUGUCUGGCCGCGUGGCUCUGUCCCGCACUACUUGCCGACCAGGAGUGCAUAGCUACCUUACUAGAAGUUGUCGAGCUUGGCAUCUCGGGAAGUAAAAGUCAAGGCAAGCCUGGCGAACCUCCAAAAAUGAAGGAUGAAAAGGAGCUGAAGCCUGUAUCAAUGAGAGUCCGGGAUGCGGCUGAAUCUCUACUUAUGUUAAUCUUAGAACAGCAAUUACGCAACGCUGGAAAUGGUUCGUCGUGGUGUCGUUUAGAUGAGCGUUGGCUGCGUCAACUCGGUCACGGACGGUUGAGACACUUUGUCGCGGAUGGCAAUAUUUUGUUAUCACUGCUGGAAGAGCCGCUCAGCAAUAGUCAAGAACCGCAGCCUACACUUAUUGUGAUAAUCCGUUGCGGAUGGGGCCGCUACGCGUGGUCGGUGUCGAGCCGUGGCGCGGCGCGCUCGGCCGUGCGGCUGCCGAGCGGCGCGUGCGCACGGCCCGUGGACAUGCGCGAGGCGCGCCCCUCCGCGCCCCCCGUGUGCCGCCCCCUGCCCCCCGCGCCGCCCUGCGCGCUUGAUUCAGCAUUUCCAACUUUGGAUGCGGUAAUUCGUCAGCUAAACGAUCCCGACGCACCGAAGUUGUUCAAACUCCUUGAACAACAGGCUGCCAUAGAGAAGCGUGUCAAGGAGAGCGAAGAUAAUGCGGUACCAGAAGAAUAUAUACCCCCAGAACCGGUGACAGAAUUCCAGACUGCUAGACUAUUUCUAUCCCACUUCGGAUACCUAAACAUAGGUGGCGAUAAAAAGGGCACGCCGCCUCGUCUUAUAGCUCUUGACGACGCGAAGCCAGGCUUUUCAGCAGCCCUCCGUAGGGUGGACGCCUGUGGUGCGAGAGCUGCAGUCACGGUGCACGUGUUCUGUGCCCGGGCGGGGCAAUUGAAUGCCAAAGAUAUUGUAUCAAAUGCACAUUCGCUGAACACUGUUCCACCGGCAUUCGUCAGUAUGCUUAGAGGUUUGGGUUCGCCGGUCCGUGUACGCGGCCACCCUGGCUGGACGGGCCACGUCGAUACUAGCUACGACGCCAGGGUCCCUCUGCCCCCUCAGCCGCCAUCCAGCAGGGAACCUUCACCGGCUAUGUACGACGGGAAAGAACAGGUUCUUUACUGGUCGGAUUCUACUAACGAAAUUGCGUUCGUGGUGCCGUCCGGUUAUGAAGUUACUGAUAGUGAAGAUAAACAAAACGAUAGUAUCAAGUCUGACGUGGACGGAUCCUGCAUAUCUCAAAGUGCGGCGGCGGCGGGCUCGAGCUGGGACGUGUCGGGCGGCAGCUCGGGCGCGGCGUCGUACGAGCGCAGCACCAGCGAGUCGGAGCGCUCGGAGCGCUCGGAGCGCGCCGCGCCCGCGCUCGGCGACAAGCUGCGCGCGCUCUCGCUCGACCUCGACAAGCAACCCUUCACAGCGCUCACCGGUAGCGGUAGGCGUAAUAGAGACUUCACAACCAAAAUUCUUAUCAUAUGGCUGGAAGACUUUGAAGAUCAUUUAAAUAUACCGAUAGACUCGCUGCUGUCGUACUGCGAGACGGGGCUGCCGUGGCGGCGGCACGAGGUGGCCACGCUGUGCGUGAGCGCGCGGCGCUGCGGGCUGGUGCGCGUGGCCAGCGCGGCGGGCGGCGGCGUGCUGGCCGACGGCGCGCUGCUGGCGCCGCGCCUGCUGCCCGACUGUCUGCGCCGCGCCGCGCUCGACGCCGCGCGCCGCACGCGCCUCAACACCGACCUAUAUCAACCACCUCACGUCCGUCGUCGUCACUUAAUACAAGAACUUGCACAACAAUACAAGAAGGAUUUAACGGAACCUGAACUGUUGGAGUCACUUUUUAGAACUCCAUCGUAG